AUGAAGAAACCAGUGUUCAAUCUGGAAAUGGACGGGGAUGGGAUGCCAUUGCUUCUGGACAUCACAGAAACAAAACUCGAGGAGAAGAAGGCCAUGGUGAGGGCUUUUCUUACAAAGCACUAUUGGAUCUGUUCUGGGAUUAACAAGGCAGUCGUGCCAUGGAGUGCCAUCGUACAAAGUCAGGAUGACUUUGUGGCCAGACAGUAUCUUCUGGCAGAUGUAGACUUGAAGGAGCCUUCCAAGUUGCAAAAUUGGGAUACCACCGCCUUGCUCAAUUUCUGGUAUGCUCGGCAGGAGACAGGUGAAGGUCCGACAUUCCUGUUCAAAGCAUGGAGUUACAAAGAAGGCGACAUGGUAGAUUCUGUUGUAUCUGAGAAAUCACCUCCUCAUCUGAAGCAUAAGAGGGUGAUGAUCCAGAGACCUCAGGAUUCAUCAACCAAAUCCGAGAGUGAUGCCAAGGGCCCCGGCAAUGUUGAAAAUGAAGUUCCACUGCCAGCCCCGAAGAGUAUCCAGGGGAAGAAAGAUGUGAUUGAGGCACUGGUGAGAACAACUCAGAGUAAGUCAGUGCAACAACCAUCUGACAGAGUUACUAGAGCAAGGGGCAAAAAGUAA